AUGUGGGGAGCAAGACGAAGGGGUGUAUCAAGAAUAAGGACCGUAGCUUACACUUGCGGGUUCAACGCCAUGAUGACGAGUGGAAAUGGCGAUAUUGGUGAGAAGAAGAAAUCAAAUACAAAUGGAGAGAUAUCAAGCAAGAGCCCAGUUUCCGAGUUUGUGUUGGCUCUUCCUUCGAAGGCUUGGGGCAGAACAAACUCAAGGCGCAAAACCUUGAAGCGACAACUGGCCCCAAGAGCCGAUGAGGCGCAAUAUCACGUGGUUUACUUCCUAGUUUCUGGUUCCAGCGUUGAAUUCCUCGACCUGCAAGACUUCUUUUCAACCUCUCUGUUUCAGAGCACGUCACUCAAUAGCAAUUGA